AUGGGUUUUGACUGUUCCAGUCAUUUGGUCAGAUUCUGCCAGCAAUUCAUGUGUGAGGCUGCAAUCCAUGGAGGGAUCGACAGCAGACAUUUAACGUUAUGCCUAGAACCAGAAGCUGCAGCGUUAUACUGUCUGCAGAGGCCAAUGUGCUCCAUAGUUAAAUUUGAUGACAGUGUAAGAAAGGAAACAUUGCAUGUGGGACAAAAGUAUAUAUUGUGUGACCUUGGUAGGGGUACAACUGAUGUAUGCACUCAUGAGGUUCUUGAUGACGAAAAUCUCCGAGAGAUCUACAGGGCUGUCAGCGAUUUGUCCGGAGGAAACAAUGUAGACAGGUCAUUUGAGAACAUGUUUAUAGAAAUCAUUGGAGCUCCAGCUUGGGUAGAGUUCCAGGAAAAGCAUAUGGACGAUCAUUUGGAUCUGAUGAGCGAUUUUGACCAUAAGAAAAGAAGUUUUGCCACAGUUCGCGCUAGUUCUGAUAACGAAACAGUUAUAAGACGUCCAAACGGUUUAAUUGAGGCUGCAGAAGAGUUCAACAAUACAUCUUUCUCUGUGAUUCUGUCAGAAUCUUAA